AUGGUUGUCAAAGGGGUAGAUACGGUUCCAAAAAUCGAAGACUUCAAGGAGCUUCACAACCUCGUCACGCAUCAUAUACAGUCGUUCGAUUACAUGAAAGAGAAAGGGCUCGAAGUUAUGUUCAAUCGAAUCCAACCCGUCUCGAUUUUCGAUCCAGAGACCGAGAAUAAGCUGACCAAUAUCCUUUUUUGCACAUACCAGAGUCCUGCUCUAUACCCUCCUCAAAAGGAGAGUUUUAGCUCAACAUCAAGGAAAGAGUCUUUGUUUCCCUUUGAGUGUCGGCAGGCGAAGAUUUCUUACACAGGAGCACUCAUGGCUGAACUUAAGUUGCAGUAUAACGAUGGAGUUGCUGUCAGAGAGAAAAUUGACUUUGGGCAAUUACCUAUUAUGCUGAUGUCAAAGCUUUGCCACUUACGGGGUGCUGAUUGCCGGAAACUGUUAGUGUGUAAAGAGUCAACUUCUGAAAUGGGAGGGUACUUUGUUCUGAAUGGGAUCGAGAGGGUGUUUCGAUGUGUUAUUGCACCGAAGCGGAACCAUCCAAUGGGUAUGACCCGGAACUCAUUCUGUGGAAAAAGGGAAGGAUUCAGUGAUACCGCAGUUGCCAUAAGGUGUGUUAGAGACGACCAGACAUCUGUCACUAUCAAAGUGUAUUAUCUUCGCAAUGGAAGUGCGAGAGUUGGAUUUUGGAUAGGGGGAAGGGAAUACUUACUUCCUGUCGGCCUUGUUCUCAAGGCUCUCACUGAAACCAAUGAUGAGGAAAUAUACGAAAGCAUUAACUGUUGCUACGAUGAGCGUUACGGAAAAAGCGAGGGAGGUAUUGGAACACAACUUGUUCGUGAGAGAGCUAAAAUUAUUCUUGAUGAAGUGAGAGGCAUGGGCCUUCGUACACGGGAAGCGUGCCUGAAGCACUUAGGAGAGCAUUUUCAACCUGCUCUUGAUGGGCUAGAAAAAGAAAGUUACGAGACUGUUGCUGAAGCCGUGCUCAGGAGAUAUGUUUUUGUUCACCUUGACAACGAUGACGACAAGUUCAAUUUGCUCAUCUUCAUCAUUCAGAAACUCUUUUCUCUGGUGGAUCAGACUUCUAUACCUGACAAUCCUGACGCUUUGCAUAAUCAGGAAAUCUUGGUCCCGGGUCACCUUAUAACAGUUUACCUCAAGGAAAAACUUGAAGAAUGGCUGCGGAAGGGCAAAAGUCUUAUUGAAGAUGAGUUGCGUAACAACAGCAAAAAAUUUUCCUUUGAAAGCACUGCUGAUAUCAAGAAGGUUAUGAAUAAGAAUCCUCCCAGGAGUAUUGGUACGUCAAUUGAGGCAUUGUUGAAAUCAGGAUGCUUCAAGAUGCAGUCUGGUUUAGAUUUACAGCAGAGAGCAGGUUACACUGUUCAGGCUGAGAGAUUGAACUUUCUCCGUUUCCUUUCAUUUUUCCGCGCGGUUCAUCGAGGUGCUUCUUUUGCUGGACUUCGUACAACUACUGUGAGGAAGCUGCUUCCUGAAUCUUGGGGUUUUCUUUGCCCUGUUCAUACUCCUGAUGGUGAACCCUGUGGGUUACUGAAUCAUAUGACUCGUAUUUGCCGAGUCACUUCUCAAUUCGAUUCAAACGGAAACAUCAGAGAUUUUCUGAAAAUAAAAAAGUCAGUUGUUGAUGUUCUUGUUGGGGUUGGGAUGGUAUCUUCAUUGCCAAAACUCGUACGAGCUGCACCACCAAAAGUCAUCCAUGUUCUUUUAGAUGGUCAAGUUAUAGGCUCGCUAGCUUCCAGCCUAGUCACAGAGGUUGUCACGUACUUGCGGAGACUGAAAGUGGAGGCUCCUUCAGUGAUUCCUGAAGACCUAGAAGUGGGAUAUGUACCUACAAGCAUGGGUGGAUCGUAUCCUGGAUUGUAUCUGGCAUCGUGUCCCGCAAGAUUCAUUAGGCCUGUUAAAAAUACAUCUAUUCCGUCUGACAAUAUUGAACUGAUUGGACCAUUUGAGCAGGUUUUUAUGGAAAUAAGCUGUCCUGAUGGUGGAAAUGGAGGAAGGAAUAACUCUUUUUCAGCAACUCAUGAGGAAAUUCAUCCGACUGGGAUGUUAAGUGUGCUUGCUAGUCUUACACCUUGGUCGGAUCAUAACCAAAGUCCACGUAACAUGUAUCAGUGUCAGAUGGCGAAACAAACCAUGGCGUACUCUACUCAAGCACUCCGGUUUCGUGCUGACCAGAAGAUUUACCACUUGCAGACUCCUCAAUCCCCUGUGGUGCGCACAAAAGCAUACACAAUGUACAAUGUUGAUGAGAAUCCAACAGGGACGAACGCAAUAGUUGCCGUCCUGUCUAAUACCGGAUUUGAUAUGGAAGAUGCUAUGAUUUUGAACAAAUCAUCUGUGGAGCGAGGAAUGUGCCAUGGGCAAAUAUACCAGACGGAAUCUAUUGAUCUGUCAGAUCAGAGAAACCGAUCGGGUAGUAGUAAUAAAAGUUUUAGAAGGAGUGCAGUUGACAAAUCAGCUCAUUCUCAUAUUGAUGCUGAUGGGUUACCAUAUGUUGGACAGAAAAUAUAUCCAAAUGAGCCGUAUUGUAGUAUCUAUGAUAGUGUAACUAACUCAACAAAGCCCAUGAAGCGAAAAGGCACCGACCCUGUCAUAGUUGACUUUGUCUCUCUUGACAUGAAAUCCAAGAACCAUCCUCAAAAGGCGUAUGUUCGAUUUAGGCAUGCAAGAAACCCCAUCAUUGGUGACAAGUUUAGUAGUAGACACGGGCAAAAGGGUGUUUGCUCGCAACUGUGGCCUGAUAUUGAUAUGCCUUUUAAUGGAGUUACUGGAAUGCGGCCAGAUCUCAUAAUUAACCCUCAUGCUUUCCCAUCAAGAAUGACAAUCGCUAUGCUUUUAGAAUCUAUCGCUGCUAAGGGAGGUAGUUUGCGUGGAGAGUUUGUGGAUGCAACGCCGUUUCGUGAUGCAGUAGAAACGGCAAAGGGAGAAGAGGAGGGCAAGUCCACUUUGCUUGUUGAUGAACUUGGUUCCAUGCUGAAGGAAAAAGGUUUCAACUACUAUGGGACCGAGACACUGUACAGUGGGCAUUUAGGAGUAGAGCUUCCAUGUGAGAUAUUUAUAGGACCUGUUUACUACCAAAGACUGCGUCACAUGGUCUCAGAUAAAUUCCAGGUGAGAUCCACAGGAUUAGUGGAUCAGCUAACUCGUCAGCCAAUCAAGGGAAGGAAACGAGGUGGAGGGAUUCGGUUUGGUGAAAUGGAACGUGACUCGUUGCUUGCUCAUGGAGCUUCCUAUCUAUUGCACGACAGGCUCCACACUUCUUCAGAUCACCACAUUGCAGAUGUGUGUUCGUUUUGUGGAAGCUUGCUCACUUCUUCGAUUGUGACCCUUCCGCAGAAGAAGCUGAUUCAAGAUAUUGGAAACUUGCCUCCUGGUAGGACUCCAAAGAAGGUUUCUUGCUAUGCUUGCAAGACGAGCAAAGGAAUGGAAACAGUUGCAAUGCCGUAUGUGUUCAGGUACUUAGCUGCAGAGUUGGCUUCAAUGAAUAUUAAGUUGACUCUUCAGUUAAGCGAUAGGGAAGGAAGCUGCAGCAACAGACAAGAAGUCUAA